AUGUCGGCCAAAUAUGCCUUCACAAAUACCCUGAAGGAGGUUCGCUUCCUAUUCUGCCACACUGGAGAGGGUAGUGCUGCUGUCAGGUCAUUUAUCACGAGAGCAUACCCUACGAUGAAGAAGAACAAUCCCCAAACCCCGAUCCUCAUCCGAGAAGCGUCCGGCAUAUUACCCAAGGUCUAUGCGAGAUAUGAGUUCGGAAAGGAGACAAGCAAGUCAUUAGAAGGACUCACAGACAAGGAAAUCGAGGAUACCGUUACACAAUUAGUCAAAAAUGCAGCAGCAUGA